GUCUUCAGGGAAUUCCUCUCGACGCGGGAGAAAACCGUUCGUUGCCAUUACAUACCAGUACGAUACCCGAACGACUUAAAGAACUAGGAUAUAGUACCCAUUUAGUUGGCAAAUGGCAUUUAGGAGCUGCUUGUGAAGAGGUCACUCCAACUAGAAGAGGUUUUGAUUCUCAUUUUGGAUACUGGAGCGGUUUUGUCGGAUAUUUUAAUCAUGAACUUAGUGUACCUAAUCCUCUCAAUAAAAGUGAAAAUUUUACAGGCUUAGAUUUUCGUGACAAUUUUACGCCUCAGUGGUCCUUAGAAGGAAACUAUGCUACAGAAUUAUUUUCUAAAAAAGCCGUAGAUAUAAUUCACAAGCACAACAUAUCAAAACCUUUAUUUUUAAUGUUAGCCCACCUUGCGGGUCAUACUGGAUCUAAUGGAACAGAAUUAGGUGUGCCAAAUAUAACCAAAGCUGAAGAGAAAUACAAAUUUAUUAAACAAAAUGAAAGAAGAUCAUAUGCAGAUUUGGUGAAUAUCAUGGAUUCAUCCGUAGGAGAAAUUGUAUACAAACUAUCAGAAAGGCAAAUGUUGGAAAAUUCAGUUAUAUUAUUCUUUUCUGACAAUGGAGCGCAAACUGAAGGGCUUUACCAAAAUUAUGGAUCGUCAUGGCCUUUUAGAGGUCUAAAAUUUACCCUAUUCGAAGGGGGUGUUCGAGGUACAGGAGUAAUAUACAGUCCACUAUUUAAGCAAAGAAGUUACGUAAACCGUCAAUUAAUUCAUAUUACUGAUUUUUUACCAACAUUUUACCAUGCUGCAGGGGGUGAUAUCAGAGAUUUAGGAGAAAUUGACGGAUUUAACCAAUGGGAAGUAAUUUCCAAAAACAAAAUAACUAAACGAACCGACCUCCUAAUCAAUAUUGACGAUGUUAAUCACUAUUCUGGUAUUUUGGGUUAUAAUGGCCGCUACAAACUGUUAAAUGGUUCAUUUAGCGACGGAAUUUACAAUGACUAUUACGGAGACAGUGGACGCAGUAGCGAGGAUCCCCCAUACGACUUGAAAUUAGUGCUAAAAAGUCCUACUAAUUUGGCUAUACAGAAACUUCAGCGAGACACAUACCUUGACUCCGAAAAAAUUCUAUCACUACGGAAACAAAUCGACAUCGUGGCUUGCAGAUUUAAAUCUAAACUUUUUAAAUGCAGGGAUAUGUGUCUUUUUGAUCUUUACAAUGAUCCUUGUGAAACCAGAAAUUUAAUAAAAGAAGAACAUUUGCAAGAAGUUAUAAACACUUUAAAAGGAAAAUACUUUCAUUAUCUCAGGGAAGUCGUACCACAAGCUAAAAAGCAGAUAGAACCUAAAUCAGAUCCUAGGAACUUUAAUAAUACUUGGUCACCAUGGAUAUCGUGUAGCGUAUCUACUAAGCGGAAGAGAUUUAUCGAUGUAAUUAGAAACUGGUAUUCGGCAUUUUUCUCAAAUUUAGUAUCAAAUUUUUCAAUUUUUAAGGUAUAA